UCGCGCAGUUGGCGUACGUGCUCACGCAGGCGCGUGUUGCCAUUUGUUUUUCUGCUGCGCUGCUUGUGUACAGAGCAACAUGGCGACGUCCCUGAUUUGUGGCCGGUUGUCCGCUGGACUGAGGAAUGCCGGCCCUAGGACGAGUAUAAGAUCGGCAGCUAAGGUGCUUGGUGGGACAUCAGGUCUGUUUGGUAACCAAGGGAACCAGCCAUCUCCAAUGCUGUCAGGGCAGCAGCAGAGAAACCUCUCCCUACAUGAGUACGCAAGCAUUGGGCUGCUGAAGGAAGCGGGCAUCUCUGUGCCCGCAGGUAUUGUGGCCAGCUCGCCUGAUGAGGCCUUUUCUGCUGCCAAGCAGAUCGGCUCCAAAGACCUGGUGGUAAAAGCUCAAGUGUUGGCAGGUGGUCGAGGCAAAGGCUCUUUUGAGGGAGGAUUGAAGGGAGGAGUCCGAAUCGUUUACUCGCCAGAAGAAGCAAAGGACAUCUCCUCUAAGAUGAUUGGCAAGAAACUGUUCACUAAGCAGACAGGGGAGGCAGGGCGAAUUUGUAACCAGGUGUUUAUCUGCGAGCGCAGGUACCCGCGCAGAGAGUAUUAUUUUGCCAUCACUAUGGAGAGGUCCUUUCAGGGACCCGUGCUGAUUGGCAGUUCUCAGGGGGGCGUGAACAUUGAGGAUGUGGCUGCAGAGAAUCCCGAUGCUAUUGUAAAAGAGCCCAUUGAUAUCGUAGAGGGAAUAAAGAUAGAGCAAGCCAUAAAGGUGGCAGAGAAGAUGGGCUUCCCUCCUGCACUGAUCAAUGAAGCUGCAGAGAACAUGUUGAAACUCUAUGAUGUCUUUAUUAAGUAUGAUGCAUCUAUGUUGGAGAUAAACCCAAUGGUGGAGGACUCAUCUGGCAUUGUGAUGUGUAUGGACGCUAAGAUCAACUUUGACUCCAAUGCUGCCUAUAGACAGAAGAAAGUGUUUGAUAUGCGCGACUGGACUCAGGAGGACGCCAGAGACAGACAGGCAGCCAAAGCAGACCUCAACUACAUCGGCCUGGAUGGCACUAUCGGCUGCCUGGUCAAUGGAGCUGGUCUCGCAAUGGCAACAAUGGACAUCAUAAAACUGCAUGGUGGAAUUCCUGCGAACUUCCUAGAUGUAGGAGGCGGAGCCACAGCACAGCAGGUGACCGAGGCCUUCAAGCUCAUCACCUCUGAUAAAAAGGUCCAGGCUAUUUUGGUGAACAUCUUUGGUGGCAUCAUGAGGUGUGAUGUCAUUGCGCAGGGAAUUAUCAUGGCCGUCACGGACUUAAAGCUGAGAAUUCCCAUCGUAGUGCGGUUACAAGGAACGAGAGUGGAUGAUGCCAAGGCUCUGAUUGCUGCCAGCCCUCUGAAGAUCCUGGCCUGUGACGAUCUGGACGAGGCGGCCAAGAUGGUUGUAAAGCUUUCUGAAAUUGUGUCAUUGGCCAAAGAGGCCCAGGUUGAUGUCAAGUUCCAGCUGCCCAUCUAACAAAACAAACCCACCGAAUCACCAUUUAAACCAUCUUGUAUAAACUGAAUCUGAAAGUCGGCAACCUGAACUUAUCUUGUCCCAGACCUCCAAUAGAGAUCUCUGCAGCCCCCGUGUCUUGUUCAAGCUCUCAUUUCUGUCUCUUUUUGGUUCCCGCUCCCUUCUGUUUCACCAGUGCUUCCCGAUUGUAAAGAAACACGUGUCUGCACGGUACUACUUACAUUUCUUGCGCUCAACCCCCACCCCACUGUGCAGCACCCAUCUAACCACUAACAUACUGUUGGUUAUUAUGUUCUAUUGGUUAAGAUUGGGUUAGUGUUACUGCCUACUGUCAUUUAUUUUGUCUAUGUAUGUUUUCUCAAGUGGAGGAUGUAUUUAUGUGGCACUGUAUUUAUACUGUUGAAAUGUACAUGGAGAGCCGUUUCUCUGGAUAUAGAAUGUCUUUGACACACUGGUUCUGUCUUUUGCCACACAUACACACAGUAUCAUUAAAAAGCAAAUGUUAUCCCC